UUCAGGUCAAGUCACCUUGGCGUGACAGAUAAUCAGAAAAGAUGGCUGGUCUUUGGAAUAGCACUCAACAAGAUAUUUGUGCCACAUAUCCGUCAUUUUGUGGAACAAGAGGUUGAUAAGGAAUACAACAAUCUCAAGACAAGCCACAAUAUUCAUACACAAAGUACAUCUGGUUGUCUUCAAAGGUGGCCUGCGAGAAAGUUUUUAAAGUAUGAGAACAUCAAUGGUAACAGUCGUCACCCAAAGCUUCCGGGUGGAAAAUACAACAUUUCCUUGUUUGACUGCAGAGUGUUAUCUCACAUUGACUUUGCCAAGUUGUACGUUGAAAACUUCAUGGCUAAGUUCAGUGCUUUUGGUGACCAAUGUGAUGCUUCAGCUGUACUCACAUUACUUGGUGUUAUGCGUGUGUUCUCAACUGCCGUGCAAGCUGCAGCUGGUGAUGUCAGGAAUGCUAGGAAUGACUGGGCGCACUGUGUCUUCAGCAAGUGGGAUCCUGUUAAGUUUCAGCAGAGUUUUGUUGAGAUGGAACACCUGGCGAGAGUCAUGGCUCUACCUGCCGCAGAUGAAGCAAAACUCCUUGGAGAACUGAAAGAUUGGGAGACUAAAGGUACUAUAUGUACUUCAUAUUAUUAUACAAUUAAUGGUUAGUAUUAUUAGUGUUGGUACAUUUUUAACAUUUGCUAAGCUUACUGUGCUGAAAGGUGCUGUUAAACAGUCAGGAUCAGUUAUCAGUCAUUUAUGUAUACCAAAUAUAUACAUGGGUGUAGCUACCAGCUGUACCCAGUAGAGACAAAAAAAUAGAUGAGAUCAACAGAAGCCAAAAAAGAGAAAGCUAAACAAGGUGCAAUUCCUUUGAUUUGCAACUUAACUUUAACUUUUUUGGAUGAUUCUUUUUCAAAACAAGUGGAGUGCAUCGUUUUCUCCAAUUUGGCACAUUGGCAAAAGCCCUUAAAUACUGCUACUUGAAUAGCGUGGUCCUAAGACCAAAAGAGUUGAGUUCCUCACCAUACUGAUAAAACUGAAAAAUGUAUAUUCAAUCAAGUUCACUCUGCAUUCUUAACUUCAUUAUUAUCAAACGGUUCUUAGAAAACAAGAGCUUCUUUUUAGGUUUGAAGUUCCUUUCCAACUGUUUUGAAAAAAGGAUCGCCCCCUCAUUGAUUUCAACGUGAAGGUUUAAAAUAUGGCUUUGAUCCAGUAAGAUUAUUGAUACUCCCAAGAAAAUAGACCUUGGGAUAUUUGAUGAUUGGCUUUUUAGUUAGCUGUUCAUAAUAUUUUGCUCUACUUAUCUGUGUAGAUACUAUGUCUAAUUUAUAAAUCUUUGUGCUUUGUUUGCAGAGACUCUGUUGUGCAUGAACUCUCCUAUAGACUCAGCAUUGCUUCAACUAGUCCAGCAAGAAGUAAAAUUUUUACAAGACAACCUGAAAAACUUUGACCAAGAAAAGGUGAGGGUACAACAAGAACUACAAAACGCUGCCAUAAUUCUUGAAGAAAUGAAACAGACAGUGGAAAGACUGAAUAAUUUUCAAGGUAAUCCAACCUGUUUAACCUCUCCCGCCCAUUUUCAUAUUACUGACGUCAUUAAUGCAAAAAUAUAUUGGUUUCCUGCUUUUUCUUUACUUGUGGGAUCAUUUAAAAAUUGCAAACAUUAUGCUUUUGUUUUGUAGAGAAUGCAGAUGAGAGGUUUGGAAAUUUAGAGACUCGUACCGGACAAGUUGAAGACCAAGUACACAGUCUUACCGGUAACUUCGAGAUAACAAUUAUAGUUAACAAUUAUUCUUUUAAAUCGAGGUGAAUAAUGGCUAAAUAUUUACCGAGCCACGAAGUGGCGAGGUAAAUAUUCCUAAAGCCACUAUUCACCGAGAUUAAAAAGGAUAAUUGUUUUAGUAUAUACACACGAAGUGAUCUCCCCAAAACCAGGGAGGAAACCACCAAAAAGUACGAUUUGAUUGACACGUCAGGUCAGCUAGACACGCGAAAGUUUAAAAAUAGAUCUUUAUAGAAUUUUCAAACAUGGCAAUUCACAAGCUUAUCACUUCGCAAACAACAACGUAAUGACUUAAAUGGAACCGCUAAAAGUUUGAAUUGUUUCCUUACCUGAGAAGAAAAGAAGAGCUUUGUUGCUUUCUGUUGACUCGCCAAGUUUAUGACCGAAAAGGUUUGUUGUGUCGUUCUUCGCAUGAAGCGCUGACAAAAAUGGCGAUUCGGUUCCUCGAGGUAAGACGUCGUUUUCAUGUAGCACUCUUUGUCCUAUUUACUUAAAACGCAGAAUUUCUGCAAACAUUUGCUUUCAAAUUUGUUUGUCAUAAAUAAACUUCGUUUUUGGGCCAAUUUUUUCUUGUUAGGAAACGCUGAGUUCACGAAACGGCCUCUUCUAAGCGAAUAAACGGGAGUUGUAAACAAUCCAUCGACCACAAAACUCAACUACAGUAAAUGAAAAAAUGCCGUUUUCAAUCCGUCGAAGUCUUUUCUUGCCUAAAAAAAAAGUCAGCCCUAGGAUUUUGUCGACUUCUGAAAGAUCUUUCUCUAAAAAAAAUGGGAAAAAAAGCGAGCUCACACAUUAUUCACUCGCUGGGAGGUGAAUAUCGUUAAUAGUCCGAGAUAGCGAACCAAUCAGAUUGCUUAAAUCACCAAGAUCACUGACUGUGUAUUUGCUAACUACGUUUAGUCUCAUUUACGGAAAGAAGACAGCAGAUCAGCGGUUUAAACUUUAAUAAGUUAAAGACCUUAGAAAGGUCAGUUAAGCAGGUUAAGUCGGGCGUCACAUAGAACCCUCUAACUGGCGCUGCCUCUGUUAAGUCUAUGCACCCAGUCUGUUAAGUCCAGUGGUCGCGGAAUGAAAUACCGGGGAUGAGAUCGGAGGACAACACAUGCACAUGUCCUCUUUACAUGAUAUGUUAACAUACCAAGAGUAAGCGUGGACGUCAUCAUACAAGGGCACCACUGGCAGUUGCUAUCAGCUAUGAGCUAACUGUAACCCGCCCAGCCAUGGUAUGAAUGAUGUGUGCAAGGCAGUCUACACCACCAUGGAAAUGUUCCCCACUCUUUUCAAACAGUAGUGUGGGAUCUUUUUACCGCCCCUUCGACUGAAAGAAGCAUAAAGAAUAACGGAGGCAGGGCCAACGGCUUAACGUCACCGCCUAAAGACGCCAACAUCUUAAAUGAGAAUCACAGCGUUCAUGAUCUUAACAGUUUUUUUUAAGACCCUGGUUGUUCGUCAGGCCCAGGCUUGAACCCCCAUCCUCUCACUCGGUAGACUGGCGCUCUCACAACUGAACUGCAAGGAUCACAUUCACUUUCAUAUCAUCAUCCGCAGCUUACAUACCUGUAAUAUACAUGAAUGAUUAAUUUCAUUUAUUAUAAGUCAAAAGAAGGAUUGAGGAUAUUGUUUUGCACGGGAAAAAAAUUCCUUUUUAAUCCAAGUUGCUCCCUUCUCCUGUCUUACUCAAUUGCAGCAAAGUUUCAUGACCUGACGGCUAAAGAAUCUGCUUUGACAAACGCUUCUCUUCAAGACCAACUGAUGACAUGUGACGGUAGGUUUGUCAUUGAUAAUAAAUAUAGUUGCAUGAUUUACAGUGAAAUUUUAUUUGUGACAAGAAAUUAUCGAGAGAAAAAUCAAAUUACUUUGCAUAUAGUUGUCAAAGGAAGAUCAUUUUCUCUCAACAUUUUUGUAUAAUCAGACGCCAUACUUUCCUGUGGUAGAUAGUUUUAACAGAUUGACGACGCUUUGACAGAGAGUUUGAUAAAAAGUAGUGGUACGAAUGGUUUGCUUUCUUGUAGCGACUGAGAUACUUGAAAUGAAAACUCAACUCAGUAAGGAGAAGUCCAACGCGCGUGAACUUUCGUCGACUGUUAAAAUACCGUAAAAUUCCGAAAAUAAGCCCCUCCAUGUAUAAGCCCCGCCAAAUAUAAGCCUCCUAAACCGGUUACGCAAAAAACCGUCCGUUAACUCGCCCCUCCAAAUAUAUGCCCCCCAGGGGCUUUUCUUGGAAAAUUGCCCUCAAAUAGAAUGUAAAACAAGGCAAAAACGAUAAAUUUACUUCCAACCAUAAGGCUAGCCCAAUCGAUUUUGAAACGCAAGUUUCCCUCCGUAGAUAAGCCCCUCCGAAUAUAAACCCCUCCAAUAAUAGGCCCCUCAAAAAGGGCCUUUGAAAAAUAUAAGCCUCGGGGCUUAGUUUCGAAAUUUUACGGUAUGUUCCUUUUUAUCUAUUGUUCAAAUGUAUAUUAUUUUAAACACUGAGGAAAUUAUAUGUGUCAUUUCUGUUUUCCCUUAUUAGUCAAUCCAGGUAAACUUGUCGAACUUAUCAGACGAGACUACAAAGGCGCGGUGUUGUGUCCCUUUCCAUGGUGUGAAGAUGAACUACAACUGAAGCUAUCGAACAUCUUCACAAGACUACAGAUAGUUAGUAGAUCAAAAGAACGUUCACAACUAACGGAUAACACCGUCAAUAUGACAGAAAUAUUCAAGUCGCAUCCAGAAUGGCACAAUCCAAGAGUGGUGCUGAUCGAGGGGAAUCCUGGGAUGGGCAAAACUACGUAUUGUCAAAAGCUGGCAUAUGAUUGGUCCGUGGGGGAAAUUCCACCUGAUGCUUCGUUUCCUGAAGUGAAUAUAUUGCUGCUGUUGAAAUGCCGUGACAUGCACAUGAAAACCGCUAACAUCGAGGAAGCUAUUGAUGAUCAACUUCUGCCACAUGAUGCAAACAAGAGGGAAAAGGAAGACUUGUUCCACUUUAUUCGCUCUAAUCCGUCCAGAAUCUUUCUGGUUCUUGAUGGUUUAGACGAACUGCGGGAAGACCUGCUGGGGGGUUUUCUGCCUUUGAUUCAAGGAAAAGCCUUUGCUAAUGUGUACCUCAUGUUAACAGCUCGACAUGAAGCAGGGAUGAGAGUAAGGCGUUAUUUUGACACGCUUCUUGAACUUGUUGGUUACACAAAAGAUGACGUCGAAAGUUACAUUAAGAAGUAUUUCAUCAGUCAUGGGGAUCAAAGCCUUGCUGACAAAAUGAUUAAACAGUUAAUCCUCGACAAACAACUCGCAGAAUUAACAGCAAACCCCCUUAAUACAGCUUUGUUGUGUCUUCUCUGUGAAGAAAAAAGAGGAGUGUUUCCUUCGAAAAGAACCAUGAUGUACGAUGACCUUGUGUCGUGCGCCCUCAGAAGGUAUUUUGCAAAAGGAGGUAUUUCUUUGGGUGACCAAGAUCCGAUGGAGCGAUGUGUAAGUGAGCUGAAUCAAUUGGGGAAGAUGGCAUUUGAGGCUUUGCUUAAGAAUCAGAUAUAUUUCACUCAAGAUGAGCUGAAAUCCCAUCCUGCUACUUUAAAUUUCCUACGGUUGCCGUUUCUUUCCCGUGAGCCAAGUGUGAGCAAAAUCAGACCAACACCAACCUACGCGUUUACUCACAAAACGUUUCAAGAAUACUUUGCAGCCUUUUACUUGGCCCAUCAGCUGUUAUCUGGUGACAAAGAGAAAGAGAGACUGUUGGAUGAACUCAGUCCUAUUGACAACUGGCAGGCGUGGGAAUUUCUCAUCGCAUUAGUGUUAAGCAAGAGUUUUGAAGCAGCAGUAACCGUUGUGUCUCGGCUUUGUGCUUUCUUUUGUCACAAGAGGCACCUAAGUUUAACGGACUUGAAUCGCGAUGAAGCUGAUUUGGAUCAGAAAAUCUUCAAAGAUAAUCCGCAUGACUGGGCUGAAUAUUUGACAAAAAUGGGUAAGGAUGACAGAACGCUAUGUAACGUCCUCAACAACACACUUGAUCUUAUUGCUGAGUGCGAAGAUGGUGAUAGUGAAUUGAAGGAUUACCAAAAGAAAGUUGUGCGUGUGCUUGCCCGCUGCUUUCCAAUUCAAAAAUUGGAACUUAAACUAAGUGAUAGUACAACCUGCUCCGUGUGCUCUGAGUAUCUAAGAUUCAAUUACAGUUUGACAGAUUUGAUUUUGCGUAGUACGUUUGACACAAAACUGUUAAAAACAAUUGAACAUGUUUUUCGUUUUAAACAAAAUUUAGUGCAUUUUAAGUUAUUUGACUUGGCCUCGGCUUUUGAUGCUUUUAUUGGUGUAUUAGUUGCUCCGCCUGAACAAGAAAAGGCCUUCUCAAAUCUGGCUCAACGUCUAGAGUGGAAGAGUUCGGUUGGUAUCAAAGCACUACUGUGUGAAGUCCUUCAGUCAGGUCGUGUUUUAACACAUCUGAAUCUAGAGCGUGUCUACAUCUGUGAUGGAGGAACUGAAGUACUCGCAGAGUUCCUUCAAACAAAUCGGGCCUUGACAAAUGUUAAUUUACGUGAUGCUAUGAUCUUUGAUUAUGGAGCCUUUGCACUCGGGAACGCUCUUCAGUCGAAUUGCACAUUGACACAUUUGAGUCUUCCAGAAAACUGGAUCAGUGGUGUUGGAGCUUUUGCUUUAGCGGCAAGUCUGGAGUCCAAUUCUGUGUUAGUAUAUUUAGAUCUGAGCCAAAAUCUUGGCGGCGAUUUAGUUGCCCCGUCGCUGUCAAAAGCUGUGGAAUCUAACUGCACCUUAAAGUACUUAAAUCUAAGUCAAUGCAUUGACUGCACUGAAAAAGAUACACCUUUUCAGGAUUCUGCUAACGUGCACGUUGAGAUGAUUGGGUCUGAAGGAGCAUCAGGCCUUGCAAAAGCUCUUCCAUUCAACUGUACAUUGACUUAUUUAGAUCUUCAGUAUAAUAACAUCGGCGACUCAGGAGCAGCUGCACUUGGCGAGGCUCUUCAAACAAACACAACUUUGAAGGAGUUAUACCUCAAAGAUAAUAAGAUAGGGGAAACAGGAUCAGAAGCCCUCGGAAAGGGACUGCAAUCAAAUCAUACUUUGAACCAUCUGAAUCUUGAUUUUAACCAGGAUAUUGGUGAUUCAGGCGCGGCAGCCAUCGCAAGGGCACUGCAAUCAAGCCGCAGUCAAUUAACCCGGUUAGACCUAGGUUUUAACAAAAUCAACUCCUCAGGUGCCACCUCUCUCUCAGAAGCUCUCAGCGUUAACAGUUCUCUUACACAUCUAGGAUUGUGGAGUAAUAAGAUCAACUCUUCUGGCGCCGCCACAAUUGCAAAGUCACUGCAAUCAAAUCGUACGUUAAUUCAUCUGGGUCUGGGAAGGAACGAAAUUGGUGAUUCAGGGGCCAAAGAACUUGCACACGCUCUUAACAAUCAUAACAACACGUUGUGCUUUUUAGACCUUGGUGGCAACUAUUCAAUAAGUUCAGUAGGAAGAGAAAGCCUUGAACAGGUCGAUCAGUCGAAAUGUAUCGUGAAGUACGAUGGUUGGUGGUAG